AUGGCCUUGAGAAAGUACGGCAGGGACUUGACGGCCGCGGCCGGCGACGCCGACCCGGUGAUCGGCCGCGACGACGAGAUCGACCGCGUGGUGUGCAUCCUCUGCCGCCGGACCAAGAACAACGCCGUGCUCGUUGGCGCGCCGGGCGUCGGCAAGACGGCCAUCGCCGAGGGCCUCGCCCAGCGCAUCGCCGCCGGGACGGUCCCUCCCGAGCUCCUCGAGGCGCGCGUCGUGGAGCUGGACCUCUGCGCCAUUGUGGCCGGGACCCAGUACAUGGGCACCUUCGAGACGCGCAUGAAGGAAGUCAUCACGGAGGCUGAAGAUGCCGACGGCAAGGUAAUCCUCUUCAUCGACGAGAUGCACAUGCUCGUCGGCGCCGGCGAAUGCAACGGUAGCAUGGACGCCGCCAACCUGCUGAAGCCAGCCUUGGCCCGUGGGCGCGUCAGCUGCGUCGGCGCCACCACCUUCGACGAGUACCGCAUGCACAUCGAGAAGGACCCCGCCCUCGAGCGGCGAUUCCAGAAAGUGCUCGUCCAGGAGCCGAGUGUGGAGGCAACCAUUGCUAUUCUGCGGGGUCUAAAGCAGCGAUACGAGGAGCACCAUGGCUUGAGAAUUCGGGAUGCUGCCAUUGUUGCUGCUACCGAGCUUGCUGGCCGCUAUAUCACCGGUCGUCACUUUCCUGAUAAAGUAAUCGAUGUUAUUGACGAGGCUUGUGUCUCCACAAAGAUACAGUACAUAAAUGAAAGAAAAGCGCACAUCGAUAUGGCACGGAGAAACAAGAGAAAAGAAGUGGUUACUGCACAUACUCGUUCUACUGCGACAAAGAAACCUGUUGUUCGCCCAAAUCACGUUGCACAGGUUGUCAGCCAAUGGACUGGAAUUCCGGUCACUGCACUUGAUCAAGAUGAGAAGAAUAAGUUAACAAACUUAGCCGAAAAGUUGCGUGAGCGGGUUGUCGGCCAGGAUGAAGCCGUCAACUUGGUUGCCGAAACCGUGUUACGUUCUAGGGCUGGCCUGGAUCUAUCUGGCCAACCAAUAGGCUCUUUCCUCUUUUUGGGUUCGACGGGUGUUGGAAAAACAGAGCUCGCAAAAGCUCUUGCCGAGCAACUAUUUGGUAGUGAGAAGAUGUUGGUUCGGUUUGACAUGUCCGAAUAUGUAGGGGAAGGUUCUAUCACACGACUUCUUGGGGCACCUCCAAGCUUUGUUGGCCACGAAAAUGGAGGACAACUGACCGAGAAAAUCAGAAGGCAUCCAUACAGCGUCAUCCUUUUUGACGAGGUGGAGAAAGCAGAUCCUUCUGUGUUCAAUGUUUUCCUUCAGCUCCUUGAUGACGGUAUCCUUACCGAUGGCUUAGGGCGGACAGUAGAUUUUAAGAACACCUUCAUCAUCAUGACCUCAAAUUUAGGAGCAGAGCACUUGAAUUCAAACAAAGAGACAAAAGAAGUUACCCGGAGCCUCCUCGUGGAGAAGGUUGAGAAAUACUUCAGGCCCGAGUUCCUCAACCGGUUGAGUGAGAUAGUGAUCUUUGAGACCCUUCCGCACGACAAGUUGAAAGAUAUUGUGAAAAUACAGAUAAACAAAGUCGUUGCCAGUGUAUCUUCCAAGGGCAUCUCUUUAUUUGCAAGCGAUGCUGCAUUGGAUGUCAUAUUGUCGGAAUCAUACAAGCCAAUGUACGGUGCAAGGCCCAUCAGAAGGUGGGUGCAGAAGAAUGUGGUAACCAAGCUCUCCAAGCUCCUGGUGGGUGGAGAAAUCGGUGAAGGCUCAACAAUCCAUAUCGAUGCUAAGGACCACAAAGUGCUGAAGUAUGGAGUGGUGAAGAAGGCGAGUGCCGAACCUCCAAGAAAACAAAAACGGCAAAAACAUGGUCGUGAUGAAACAGGCGAAACAAAGAGGACGAAGAAGUUGCCGUAG